CGUAAGUAACGCAGUUUGCGUUCGUCGGUCGCAGUGACAAAGAGAACGAGCUCGGACCGACGGAGAAGAAAUAUAAAAGGAAAUUUCUGAAUUACCGUGGGAAUUCUGAUCGUCUUUUCCAGUCGGAACAACGCGUUUGUCUAGUCGCUUUAACACCCGCGUGUAUUUCGGAUUUCUUAUUUCCCGAUCCUCUUGCAUGGAGUUAAGUGGGUCGGAGCGGCCGAGGAUAUCAGUCUUGAAAUUGGGCAAUUGGAAAAUUCUCAUUCGUAUCGUUGGUUAGAGCAAGGAAGCCGCCAUGGCUGGUGCUACUGGAUCGUUGAGUCUCCACCUCAAUAUAUGAAGAAUACUGCAUGGUUCAUCAUUGUGAUGAGAAACCAUACCGAUUCCUAAGCGGUUUGAGGCUAUAUAAGACACCGACUGUGUUCUUUGUGUAAAUCUCUUCUAGCCAGAAAGAGACGAGGAUUUGUGGGUUUUGGAAACUGGGCACAGGCCAAUUUCAUGAGAAGACUGACCAGAUUUAUUUGAUGCUUCGUCGCUAAUAUAACAAAAUUGAAUAGCAAUAGAAAAACGAUCAGGAGAAAUGAUCUGAAAGCAAGACUGUCGGUGGACAGGAGGUUGAGAGCUCACUGAAGAAAACGACCGAGAAGGAUCCCCGGAUAGUCAAGUUGAAUUCGCCUAUUUUCCUCAUUAUUUCAGUGGGGGAUAACCAAGUCCCUGCAAGUCGAAACGGAUUCGUUCACAAGAAAAACAUACCUAUUUUACUCAGAGAGACGCGUGGGAUAUUGGAUUGAAAAUGUCCGGUCGGCCUAGAACCACCUCCUUCGCAGAAAGCUGCAAGCCAGUACCGCAGCCGUCGGCAUUUGGCAGCAUGAAAGUCAGCAGAGAUAAAGAUGGCGGUAAGGUGACCACAGUAGUGGCAACCCCAGGACAAGGACCUGACCGACCACAGGAGGUCAGCUACACUGACACUAAGGUCAUCGGUAAUGGCUCUUUUGGUGUGGUGUAUCAGGCAAAGCUUUGUGACUCAGGGGAAAUGGUGGCCAUUAAGAAAGUCCUUCAGGACAAGCGAUUUAAGAACCGCGAGCUGCAGAUCAUGAGAAAAUUAGACCACUGCAACAUUGUGCGUCUGCGUUAUUUCUUCUACUCCAGUGGAGAUAAGAAAGAUGAGGUCUAUCUGAACCUGGUUUUGGACUACGUCCCUGAGACGGUGUACAGAGUGGCGAGACACUACAGCCGUGCUAAGCAGACCCUUCCUAUGGUUUAUGUGAAGUUGUAUAUGUACCAGCUCUUCAGGAGCUUGGCCUACAUUCAUUCCUUCGGGAUCUGCCAUCGUGACAUAAAACCCCAGAACCUUUUGCUGGAUCCAGAGACGGCUGUGCUUAAACUUUGUGACUUUGGCAGUGCUAAGCAGUUAGUUCGUGGAGAACCCAAUGUUUCUUACAUCUGCUCACGGUACUACAGAGCCCCUGAGCUCAUCUUUGGAGCGACUGACUACACCUCCAGCAUAGACGUUUGGUCAGCUGGCUGCGUGCUGGCGGAACUGUUGCUAGGGCAACCCAUUUUCCCCGGCGACAGCGGAGUGGAUCAGCUGGUGGAAAUCAUCAAGGUGCUGGGCACUCCCACACGUGAGCAGAUUCGGGAAAUGAACCCAAAUUACACCGAGUUCAAAUUCCCGCAGAUUAAGGCCCAUCCAUGGACUAAGGUGAGUAAACAGGUAUUCAGGCCACGCACGCCUCCUGAAGCCAUCGCUUUAUGCUCCAGGCUGUUGGAGUACACGCCCACUGCUCGCCUGACCCCGCUCGAGGCCUGCGCUCAUUCCUUCUUCGAUGAACUGCGGGAUCCAAAUGUCAAACUUCCAAACGGGCGUGAGAAACCGUCCUUGUUCAACUUUACAACUCAAGAGCUGUCCAGUAACCCAUCCCUGGCCUCCAUUUUAAUUCCUGCUCAUGCACGUAACCAAGCAGGAGCCUCUACUCCAACCAACGCCUCUGCCAAUUCAGAUGCCAACAGUGGAGAUCGUGGUCAGACCACAACCGCAGCCUCUGCCUCCGCCUCCAACAGCUCGACCUGAGUGCCCCAGCCAAUCAGACCUGACCCUCCCUCCAAGGCCACGCCCACCCCCACUGCUCACCAGCUUUAUGGGCAGGGUUUGAAUCAUAUGUAACCGCCACUCUAUUUCAGACUGCAAGAGCCAACCUUCAUUUCCUUGUUUUUUACGAAGCUCAGAAAGAGUUAAUCAUGGUGUAUCAAAUGUCAUUUGUGGAAAUAGCGAUCGAAUGAGAGAACAGCGCAUUGGGUGUCAGGUGGGGGGGGGCGAACCUUAAACCCAGGUCUGCGAUCAGCCGGAACGUUGUUCAUUCUCAGAGGACAAUCUUGUUAAGCAAUCCGGUAGCCAGAUCCAGGCACUUCCUUAACAUUUCUUUGGGUUCCCAAUCUGUCACCUGGAUUAUCCUGUUUCCUCUGUUCUGAGCUCUUAUAGCGCAUGGCUUGAAUUUGGUUAGGAGCACCCCCCCGUAUAUACAUACAUAUAUAUAUGUAUUUAGUUUGUAUAUAUGUAUAUGUAUUGGAUGAGACUGAUGCAGAACACAAAAGGAAAUGAUAAUGCUACACAAAACUGUAUCUAUUAAACACAACGCAUUGUUACCACAAAAAAAAGGAAAUGCUACACAAAUCCGCAUGUUCAAAACAACAGAGGACAUUUAGGAGUUUUAAAUGCUAUUCUGAUUUAUUUUGUUUUAUAAUGAAAGGUGGGCUGGGUUAGGGAGGGCAAACGUUUUUAUUGACAGGUGCGACGUGUACAACCUGUCUCUAUUUCUGUGUUCUUGUAUAAUAUAUACAUACACAGUUUAUAUAUUACUUUGCAUUAUGUAAUAUAAAUAUAAAUAUAUAGUUAUAUAUAGAUCUUUAUCUAGCAUCCAUAACGUUUUUCAAUGCAGCGCCCAAUUUUGACGCUGACCAAAAAUAUACAGUUGUGUAUACGACUUGGACGGAGCGCUUUUUAGCAAACGUUUCGGUCUUUCUGUCGUUUUCUUUUCUCCUAAUAAAUUAUCUUUCUGACAUGUUUUUCCGGUCCAUCUCCACUUGUUAUUUAUUGUUGCUUGUGCGUCAGUGUCACAUUAGACAUCACUUAUUCAAACAGCGAGUUAAAGCUAAUGUAAAAAAAAUCACGGAAGUGCACAGAAUUGCCACAAAUUGUUACGUGCUGUUGACUGUUUUCAUUUUUUUUUAACUGUUUUCUGUGCGCUAUUUGCAACGUUCAGCUGAAACGUCUUGGUUGUUUUACCACUACUUGACUACUUUUAUCAUCUUUUUAUCGUUUCUUUACCCAUCUCUGCAUACUUUUAACCUGCUCAUGGAAUAUAUUUACUUUCCAGAUCGUCUUAACAGCAUAAGAAACGACAAAAAAAUCACGUAUAUAUAAAUAUACACACAGCACAGUUGCUCCUCACCAAAUUCCGGCUUUGUUUUGUAUAAUUUUGCGAGCGUGUGCGAAUGUGUAUGCGUGUGUACAUAUAUGCUGACCUGAGAACUGUUAAUGAUCGAAAACAGACUUAAGGGAUUACGUGAAAAAAUAUGUUACAAAUACAAAAAAUAAAAUGUAAAAGAUCAGGGCGAAAAUUAACUGUUUGUUGGAUGCUGUAGACAAGGAGCUUUCUCCAGCCAUAUAGUUCAAUCUUAUCUGUACAGUAGGUGCCAGCUAUAUUAUUGUAAUUAUAACUAGUUAUGUAUAGUGUAUCUAUAGUUUGGAGUGCCUUUGCUUCCAUACACUUCCCGUCUCAGACCACACCCCUUCCUGAUGACAGGCCACACCCCUUCCGGUGACCCUCUGCGAGUGCUGUUGAUCGGUCGAGCCUCUUCAAGAGCCACGCCUCUGUCAUUUUGUAGUACAACCACUUGAUUUCCUUGGAAACCACAUGCGCAUUGUUAGCAUAGAUGUUUUUUUAUUCAUUUUAAGUGGAGAUUUAUCACGUUAAAGUAUUGGCACAGAGUUUGUGUGGGGAGAAAGUUCCUGUGGAGCCAAUAACAGUGGAUGUCCUCGUUCCACUACCAAAGUGAACCAACUAUGACCGCGCCGGGGCAAUAAUAAUAAUUUCUUUGUGUUCGUGCUAGCUGUCUUAGCACUGAAGAGUAUGUCGGUCAGCCGACAGUACGCGGUAGAGACGUCACGUAGCACCUGCCGGUCCCUCAUCCCUGUGUAAAGCUUGCUUGUAAGAUACGCGUUCAUAGAUGUGUUGCUUCCCACCACUUCUCGUAAAGUUAGAGUAAAACAUGUAAAGAGACGAGAGGAAAAUAAAAGACAAAAAAAUUAUUUCAAGGACUGUGGGGUAAAUCGCAUUACAUACACAUAUUUGGGAUAAACUUGUCUUGGGUUAAAGCUAAAAAAUAAAGACACAAAAAAUACAACCUGUAUGACAUUAAUAUUACUUGAAUGCCUCUGUUUGUGACUGAAAUUUUUAUUUUAUUUUAAAUACAAUCUUUUUUCUGUGAAGGUAUGCUAAAUGUCUCCUCUCCCUUGUAAAUAUGUCCGUUUUGGUCCUUGGUGUGACUUGGAUUCAGAGACUAGUUACCUGGUACUGUAAUUUGCAUUAAAUAAAGAGUAGGAUAGCUUGGAAAUGA